UCAGGUCAGAGACCAGCAAGCUCCACAGUGGACUGGAGAGUCCAAGAGACCAGUAAUGAGGGCUCUGCUCCUCCAAGCUCUCCUGCUGUUGGGGGCGAUCAGUUCUGGCCAAGCUGCUGAAGAGUCCUGUGCAGGGCGAUGUUUUGAUGGGUUCAAUGCCAACAAUAAAUGUCAGUGUGACACCUUAUGUACUUUUUACCAGAGCUGCUGCAGCGACUACAAGUCAUUCUGCAAACCUAAAGAAACACGUGGAGACGUGUUUGACAUUCCUGAAGAUGAGUACAACUAUGACACAAGUACGCCAGUUUCCAUGAUGCCGUCAACUGAUAAUGACCUUGUGGAAACCACAGAAGUGACCACGUUUCCUGUACUUGAGACAGAGGAACAAAAAGUACCGGCCACGACGGAGCAGCCUGAUCAGCCUGUGACUAAAGACUACACGGAGGAGCUGUGCAGUGGGAAACCCUUUGAUGCCUUCACUAACUUAAAAAAUGGCUCCGUCUAUGCCUUUAGAGGUAAAUACUUUUAUGAGCUCGACGACAAACGUGCGCUGGAUGGAUACCCAAAGCUUAUUAAGGAUGUGUGGGGUAUAGAAGGUCCAAUAGAUGCCGCCUUCACGCGUAUGAACUGUCAGGGAAAGACUUAUCUUUUUAAGGGUAUUCAGUACUGGCGGUUUUCUGAUGGGAUCCUGGAUUCUGACUAUCCCCGUGAUAUUGAAGAUGGCUUUAAGAACAUCCCAAAUUAUAUUGACGCUGCCUUUGCUCUGCCAGCCAAUGAUAUCCAGGGCACUGAGAAAGCCUUUUUCUUCAAAGGUAACAAGUAUUGGCAGUAUGAAUUCGCUAAUCAGCCCACCAUGGAAGAGUGUACUGCCUCAUCCCCAUCAGAGAUAUUCACACAGUAUGUAGAGAUGCAGGAUGACAGCUGGGAAUUGUUCAGCUUACUGUUUGGAACAUGGCUAAGAGACACACCACUAAGAAGUCAAGGCCCUAAAUAUAUAAGCAAGGACUGGAAAGGGGUGCCCAAUGGAGUGGAUGCUGUGCUGCCAAGCAGGAUCUAUGUUCAAGAAGAGAAAAGUCCUUCCUUACGUCGUAGCAAGAGAAGAAAGUCUAAACGCAGGAAAAGCCGCAAGAGAAGACCCAGCUUGAUUGACAUGCUGGAUGAUAUGCUUGAUGAUGAUGAUGAAUAUGAUCCGGACUGGCUUCCUCCACCAAGCCGUGCCGAAUGCCAGCCAGUCCAGAGUGUCUACUUCUUUAAAAAAGACAAAUAUUACCGCGUCAACCUCCAGACCAAACGCGUGGAUUAUGUCUAUCCUCGUUACCCACGGCCCAUUGCUGAGUACUGGCUGGGAUGCGAGAAGUCUUGUAAGGAAAAAAAGUCCCUGGGAUAAAUUUCCUUCCUUAUCAACAUUUUUUCAAUAAGCAACACGCCAAGAAUAUUCUGCUUGUAUUUCUGUGACAUAAUAAAGAGUGAAAUGUACAGAAGAA